GGAAGCAGGGAGGUUAACUUGGGCGGACGCAUAAGAGUCCGCGGAGCUGCCGAUGCCUGCGCAGAGCGGGGCUUCGCUGUGCAGCGCGCAGCCAGAGAUACGCAUACGGACGCGGUGCGGGAGACGGGAGGAGGCGCGAGACGCGAGGCAGGAGCCCCGGCGCGCGUCGCUCACGCGCUCAUGAUCCGCUGCCGCUCGGACGGGUCGCCGGGCGGACCUUCACCGACAUGGUGACACCUCGCUGAGCCCUACGCGAAUCUAAACUGGACUUUGGGGGGGGGGGGGGAGCUCCGCUCUUUUGCCCCGUUGGUUUGUCACGUUUAAUUUGCCGCUGCGCUGCUGGUGCUGGAGGACAAAGUGUGGAGCGACACUAAAUGACUAAUGGAACAGUAUCACCUCAAGAUCCUCAAGCAGCCCCCUUUGAGUACGUAAUACAUUCCAACAAGAAACGCAUCCAUCAUAUGAUCCCAAGAAACAUGGACUGUUUUCCCAUGCUUUAUUUUCUGUCAAGACAUCAUGAUUCCUGGUAAUCGAAUGCUGAUGGUCAUUUUAUUAUGCCAAGUCGUACUGGAAGAAAGCAGCCAUGCUAGUCUAAUACCCGAGGAAGGGAAGAAGAAAGUGUUGGGUCUGCAAGGUCGUCAGAGCCAUGAGUUGCUGGAGGACUUUGAGGCCACACUCCUCCGUAUGUUUGGGCUGCAGAGGCGGCCGCGGCCCAGCAGCUCGGCCGUGGUACCCCAGUACAUGAUGGAUCUGUACAGACUGCAGUCUGGAGAGGCAGAGGAGACGGGAAUCUAUGACACCGCCUUCGAAUACCCUGAGAGGUCCGCCAGCCGUGCCAACACUGUGAGGGGAUUCCACCACGAAGAGCACAUGGAACAGGUGGACCUUGGUGGCCAAGAAGUUGGGAACCUGCCUUUUAGGUUCAUCUUCAACCUCAGCAGUAUCCCAGAAGAUGAGCUGUUGUCAUCAGCAGAGCUGCGCUUGUACCGGCAGCGGAUCGACAAGCCGAUGCCGCAUUCGGAUGACGAAGGCCUCCAUCGGAUUAACGUGUAUGAGGUGCUGAAGCCUCUGCAGGCCGGACAGCUUAUCACAAGGCUCCUGGAUACGCGGCUGGUGCGCCAUAACGCCUCCCGCUGGGAGAGCUUUGACGUGAGCCCUGCUGUACUGCGCUGGACACGGGACAGACUGCCCAAUCACGGGUUGGCUGUGGAAGUCUUACACCUCCACCGUACGCCCUAUCAACAGGGCCGCCACGUGCGUAUCAGUCGCUCUCUGCACCAAGUUCCGGGAGAAGACUGGAACCAGCUGAGGCCGCUCCUGGUCACCUUUGGCCAUGACGGCAAGGGUCACCCACUAACCCGCCGGACCAAGCGCAGCUCCAAACAGCGGGGUCGUAAGCGAAACCGCAAUUGCCGUCGGCACUCUCUAUAUGUGGACUUCAGCGAUGUGGGCUGGAAUGACUGGAUAGUGGCGCCUCCUGGCUACCAGGCCUUCUACUGUCAUGGGGAGUGCCCGUUUCCUCUAGCAGACCACCUGAACUCCACUAACCAUGCCAUUGUGCAGACACUGGUAAAUUCGGUGAACACCAACAUCCCGAAGGCCUGCUGCGUGCCCACAGAGCUUAGCGCCAUCUCCAUGCUCUACCUGGACGAGCAUGACAAGGUGGUCCUCAAGAACUACCAAGAGAUGGUGGUUGAGGGCUGUGGAUGCCGCUAAUAAUAACAUGGAAAAAAAAAAAAACUUCUGCUGUCCGAAAUGAUACACAAAAUGUCUUGCCUUGGACCCUUAUUUAUAACUUUUUGUGUUGAGGUGUAUGUUUGUCUGUUUUUUAUUCUUUGACAAUAUGAUCAUAUAUUUUGACUAUAUUUAUAACAACAUAUUAAAAAUGAGUCAUUAUUUUACACAAGUAAAUAAAGAGCUGUACAACUUUUCAUAAUGUAUAGUAGAUUAUAAGUUUUUUAAGAUGAGAAAAUAGUAAACAAAUCUAAAAAUUAAAGUUUAUAUACUGGUAAUAUUUAUUGCUUCCAUGUAUACAUGAUAAAAAUAAAUAGGUGAAUAAAUAGCUUCUACCAUCAUAUUUGAGCAGAUGUGAACAAAACAUGACACACCCUUAAUAAGUACUUAAAUAUGAGCACUGUGUGAAUUGAUCACAAAGCAGGGAACGUAUUUCAAAUCAUCUCAAGUAGUCAAGAUUGUAGUCGAUCACUCAGUAUUGAUUAUUGUCCAAUGAUGUUUGUGUCCUGAAAAAAAAAUCAGGAUAAAGUUUCAGUGCCUUCCAAGAAACUGUAAAAGCACAUCUAUUGUUUGAUAAAAUAUCCAUCGCCCUGUAUUUUGUGGUUUUGGUUUUAACUUAA